AUGGGGGUGCUUGCUGAUUUCCAUGGGGGGCUUGGCAACCUUACUUUCAGCAGUAAGGAUGUUUCAAACAUGAGGACACACUUGAGAGGAGGUCUCACCUACAGGGAUAUGGAUGCAACAUUAGAGUAUUUUCAAAAGCUACAAGCUGAAAGUCCUUCCUUCUAUUAUGCAACAAUGAUAGAUGAUAAUAAUGUUGUUAGAGGAUUGUUUUGGGUAGAUGGGAGGACUAGAGAGCUGUACAAGAGUUUUGGAGACUGCAUUUUCUUUGACACAACAUAUUGCACCAACAGAUACGACAUGCCAUUAAAUAACCAUUUGCAUAACAUACUGCUUGGAUGUGCAAUGUUGCCAGAUGAAACAACGGAAACAUUUGUUUGGGUGCUAGAAAGGUUGAAGGGAGAGAUGGGUGGGCGUGAACCAAACAACAUAAUGACAGACCAGGAUAAAGCAAUGAAAGCAGCAAUAGUAAUAGUGUUCCCUAACGCAACACACAGAUGUUGCAAGUGGCAUGUCCUGAGGAAGGCUAAUGAUAAGCUUGCUUGGCUUAUUAGUGAGGAAGAAGACUUUGCAAAGGAGUUUGACUACUGUGUGAACAGGACUGAAACACCAGAAGAAUUCGAGAUGUUGUGGGCAAGCAUAGAGGACAAAUACCACUUGCAGGAAAAUGAAUUCUUUCAAAGUAUGUCUGGUACAAGGAGGAUGUGGGCACCUGCGUACUUCAGAAAGUACUUCUUCCCCUUCACAGGCACAACAGGAAGAUUGGAAAGCAUGAAUUCAUUGUUCAAGAAAGUUGUUCACCCUCAGGACUCAAUGUUGCAAUUUAUAACACAAUAUGAUUACAUCAUGGACACCAGGGCAGAAAGAGAAAAUAAGGAGCGUUGCAAGGGAGAGAUUUCAGAUCCACCACUAUGGGGAAGGUAUUCUUUUGAGAAGCAAGCUACUGCAUUCUACACUGGUGAAGUCUUUGGUAAAUUUCAAGAGUUGUUGCGUGAUUCUACAAGAUACAAGGUAGGGGCUGUUGAAAGUGAUGACCAGGGUUGGUCCAUUCAAAUUGUGCACCCAAAUUCAACUAGAGUCUGCAUGGUCACCAUUGAUAAAGAUGCAACGUCAUAUACAUGCUCUUGCAACAUGUUUGACCGUGAUGGCCUCUUGUGUCCUCACAUACUAAAAGUAUUCACAAACAGGGAUGUCGAAAAAAUUCCAAAGAAGUAUCUACUUAGAAGAUGGUCAAAGGAAGUGACUAUAAUGAUACCAGAACGCCUCUCGGGUACAGAACCAGCAUUUGGUGUCCCAACCACAAACAAGCUAAGGUACAAUGCAUUGUGUAGAAAAAUGACGUCACUAGCAGCUGAAGCUUGUUUGGGUCCUGAAAAGUACAUUGUAGCUUCAACUGGGAUAGAUACAUUGGUACAAGCAGUCAGGACAGCAAGGGUGUCACAAGAAAUGCAACAAGAUGAAGCGUCCAAUGUUGCAACAGGUCAACAGUCCAAAACUCCUGCUGUCAUGGUAAAGAAUCCAACAAGAACAAAAAGUAAAGGGAGACCAAAGGAGAAGGUGGAAAGGUUCAAGUCAGUAGUGGCACAAGCUAAGGAAAAAGCAAUGAAAAAGAAGGCAAAAGGUAAGAAGACGGCCCAAAAAAUCCCACCAUGCUCAUAUUGCUUUGAAGAUGGUCAUAGUGUACAGACUUGCGCGUACAUGACCAAGGCGGAGGCACUUGCAAAGGAUCUCAAAGAAACAGAGCUGAAGCUCUGA